UUAACAAUGCCUUCAUUUAACAAAUCAUUUCCACACACUGUUAUCUUUUGAUAUUAUUGGAAGCCAUUUUGUUCCGAUAUCUGACAAUUAUAUGAAUUAAUGAAACAAAUGUUUCUAAGUGAUUGAAUACAAUAAUACUACUGUUUAUAUUACUAUGAAUGCUGUCUUAGGUAUUGGACGCAUAAUUAAUGUUUUCUGCAAACGAUGUCUCAGUUCUUUUAAAUUACCUUCAGAAUUUGUCAUACCAAUGAGUAAUGAUAUGAUUAUUUGUUGGCAUCCAGAACGAGAAUUUCCUUAUAAAUAUUCAUUACCACUACCACAAGAGAAAGAGACUUUAUCAAAUUCUGUUUUAUGCAUUGGUGAAAAAGAAAUUGCUGAUGUUUUUAAACAUAAGAGAAAAGAAGUUGUCAUUGAAGAACUUCGUAAAAUGACAUAUACUACAAAACAUAGAUGGUAUCCAAAAAAACGGUUGUUGAGAUUUAAAAAAGUAGAACCAGACAGACCAUAUCUGUAAUAUGUUAUAUAUUUUUAAAAUGUAAAUUAAUAUAAUAAAAGAAAGAAUAAUGGAAUAUUAGAAUAAAAAAAUAAUAGAAUUUUAAAAAA